UAAAAGGAAUAAGCACCACAGGCUCUCAGUCUUCCAGCAGCAAAGAGGAGACACAGGACUAACCAUGCCUGAACCAGUCCCUGCAGACACACCGGAGGAGGGGCAGGAUGCACCGCCCACAGAUGGAGAUUCAGAAGCUGAGUGGGAUGAGUCCGGGUCCACGGAGCUCAGUGGGCUCUUCGUUGAGAAGCCCCCACCGAAUUUAGUUGCUGUAACAGGAAUGGAUUUGGUCAUCAUAGCGAAGGUGGAUUCGACCACCCUGACGAGAAAACCCACGAUGAAAUGGCUGAAGGGCAAGUGGCUGGACCUCGGCAGCAAGGCCGGAAAGCACAUGCAGUUCAAAGAAACCUAUGACAGGAAUACCAAGAUCUAUACUUACGAAAUGAAGAUCAUCAAAGCGGUAGCUGGAGAUUCUGGGGGCUACAGGUGUGAGGUAACAGCGAAAGACAAGUGUGACAGCUCCACCUUUGAAAUCUCCGUUGAGGCUGCACAGCAGGAGGCGCAAGCAGACAUCUUCUCCGCCUUCAAGAGAGCGGAUGCCGGAGAGGACGACGGAGAUCUCGAUUUCAGUGCUCUGCUGAAAGCCACAAAAAAAAAAAAGGUGAAAGAGGAGCCGCAGAUCGACGUGUGGGAGCUGCUCAAGAGCGCCCACCCGAGCGAGUACGAGAAAAUCGCCUUCGAGUACGGCAUCACGGACCUGAGGGGCAUGUUGAAACGCCUGAAGAAGAUGAAGGUCGUCGAGCCCAAGCACAGCGAGGCUUUCCUGAAGAGACUCGAGUCUUGCUACUCGGUGGAAAAGGGCAAGAAGAUCGUCCUGAGGUGUGAGGUGAUGGACCCGGACGUGCAGGUCAAAUGGUUGAAGAACGGCCAGGAGAUCAAACCCUCAGCCAAGUACAUCAUGGAGGCUCUCGGGAACGUCAGGACGCUCACCCUCAACAGGACGUCCCUGGCUGACGACGCUGCAUACGAAUGCGUGGUCGGUGAAGACAAGUGUUUCACAGAGGUCUUCGUCAAAGAGCCCCCUGUGACCAUCACCAAGCUGAUGGAUGACUACCACGUGGUUGUUGGGGAGAGGGUGGAGUUUGAGAUCGAGGUGUCGGAGGAGGGAGCCUCAGUCAUGUGGUUCUUUGAGGACAUAGAGCUUCAAAAAGACUCCCCCAAUUAUCGUUUUAAGAAGGAUGGGAGGAAGCACACGCUCAUCAUCCAGGAGGCUACCCUCGCUGAAAUCGGAAUGUACCACGCUUGGACUAACGGGGGCCACACCAAAGGAGAGCUGGAGGUGGAAGAAAAACAACUGGAGGUGUUGCAGGACAUCGCCGAUCUGACAGUCAAGGCAACGGACCAGGCUUUGUUUAAGUGCGAGGUGUCGGACGAAAAGGUCACAGGAAAGUGGUUCAAAGACGGAGUGGAGGUCAUGCCGAGCGAACGCGUCAAAAUGACUCACAUCGGGAGGUUCCAUCGGCUGCUGAUUGAAGACGUGAAGCCAGAGGAUGCCGGAGACUACACGUUUAUUCCCGACGGGUACGCGCUGUCCAUUUCUGCCAAACUCAACUUCUUAGAAAUUAAGGUCGACUACGUGCCAAGACAAGACCCUCCAAAGAUCCACCUGGACACCACCGGAAACAUGGUCUCACAAAACACCAUCAUUGUGGUGGCGGGAAACAAGCUCCGCCUGGAUGUCGAGAUCACAGGAGAGCCGGCACCCACCGUUGUGUGGUCCAAGGGAGAUCAAAUAAUUACAGCCACAGAAGGACGCGUGAGGGUGGAGGCCAGGAAGGACCUGAGCUGCUUCGUCAUAGAGGGGGCAGAGAGAGAAGACGAGGGCAACUACACAAUCUGUGUUACCAACCCCGCAGGAGAGGACAAGGCUAUGCUGUUUGUGAAGAUCGUGGAUGUGCCCGACCCUCCUGAGAACGUGAGAUGCCUAUCAGUGGGAGAGGACUGCGCCAGCAUGAUCUGGGACCCUCCUGCAUUUGAUGGCGGUGCGCCACUCAAAGGUUACCUCAUGGAGAGGAAAAAGAAGGGCUCCUCCAGAUGGACAAAGCUCAACUUCGACGUGUAUGAGUCAAAUGCGUACGAGGCGAAGAGGAUGAUUGAAGGUGUCAUGUAUGAGAUGAGGGUGUUUGCCAUCAACAGCAUCGGUAUGUCUCAGCCGAGCCUCACCUCCAAGCCCUUCAUGCCCAUCGCCCCGACUAGCGAGCCGAUACGUCUGACGGUGCACGACGUGACGGACAGCACGUGCACCCUGAAGUGGCUCGCCCCGGAGAAGAUCGGCGCCGGAGGCAUGGACGGCUACGUCAUUGAGUACUGCAAAGAAGGAGACACUGAGUGGGUGGUGGCGAACCAGGAACUUUGUGAAAGGCAGGGAUAUGUGGUGCGUGGCCUCCCCGUGGGGGAGAAGAUCAACUUUAGGGUGAAGGCAGUCAACAUCGCCGGACAAAGUCCUCCAGCUGUGCUGUCGCAGCCCGUCACCAUCCGUGAGAUCAUGGAGUAUCCCAAGAUCCGCCUGCCUCGCGAGCUGAGAACAAAGUACAUCAGGAGAGUAGGAGAAAAGAUCAACCUGACCAUCCCUUUCCAGGGUAAGCCGCGUCCUGUCGCAACCUGGUACAAAGACGGUGAACCCAUUGACCCCAAGAUGGUCAAUGUCCGCAACACCAACGUGGACAGCAUCCUCUUCAUCCGCGAGGCAGAGAGAGCGCACUCUGGGACGUAUGAGCUGGUGCUGCAGAUCGAGAACAUGGAGGACAGAGCCUCCAUUGUCCUCAGGAUUGUGGAUAAACCCGGACCUCCUCUGAAGCUGCAGGUCACAGACGUCUGGGGCUUCAACGCAGCUCUGGAGUGGUCGCCUCCAAAGGAUGACGGCAACUGUGAGAUUACUGGAUACACCAUCCAGAAGGCCGACAUGAAGACUAAGGAAUGGUUCACCGUUUAUGAUCACAACAGACGGACCAACUGCACAGCUUCGGAUCUGGUCAUGGGCAAUGAAUACAAGUUCCGAGUCUUCAGCGAAAACCUCUGCGGCCUGAGCGAGGAGGCGUGCAUCAGCAAGAACACGGCUAUCAUCGCCAAGACAGACCUGGAGCACAAAAGAACCCCAUACAAGGAGAUGGAGAUUAGCUGCGUGCCCAAGUUUACUCAGCCCCUGGUCGAUAGGUCCGUGGUGGCCGGCUACAGCACCGCCAUCAGCUGCGCCGUGAAAGGGUUCCCCAAGCCUAAGAUUGUCUGGAUGAAGAACAAGAUGGUCAUCGGUGAGGAUCCCAAGUACUUGAUGCGGAACUACCAGGGAGUUCUGACCCUCAACAUUCGCAAGCCGGGCACCUUCGACGGAGGCAAAUACUCCUGCAUGGCUGUCAAUGAGCUGGGCAAGGACGAAGUGGAGUGCAAGCUGGACGUCCGACUUGCCACGGAUCCAGAGAAGAAGUGAGAAGCGGAACAGCAAAGAAUGUGAAAUCAUACGAGUCAAACAGUGAAUGCACACUGUCAAGCGUGGAUCUAAUAAAAUGUAGUGAUGCCUGCUAUAAAUAA